AUGCUAAGGCACGCCGUGCGACGAGUGCAGCUUCGGCACGCUCCGACGAAGGAGGCAACCAAGGCCAUUACCCGACGAAGAUGGCAGGCCCAGGUCGAUCGGCGCCAGAAAGACCUCGAUCUCCACCAACAACUCACCGAGAACUAUACCCAUCACCAUCAAGCGAUGCUCAAGAUCCUUGAUAACUACGACAACCGCAAGGCUCUUUUUGGCGAUGUGCUUGAACGGUCAUUUGACGACGUUGAAGGUGAAGAUUAUUGCUACCACCACGAUAUUCGCUACUCGGUGGAGAUGCUCGUCACCUGGUACAUCACCACCCUCGUCUGUGAUCUCAAUGUUCAGGCCAUACUAUUGGGCAAAGUGAAGGACGAAGGUCUUUAUCGUGAUGUCAUGGCUCAUCUUAAGCUACCCCUGCUCAAAAGUGAUAUACGAGAAGAGUUAUCGACGAUGUCUCGAGAGAAUAUCACCACUCAAGCACUUGUGGACCAGUUUGCAUCAUCAGAGUACUUUAACUCACUAAAGAGCUAUCGAACCUAUUUCACCCAUUUUAAACUGGCUCAGGCUCUCAACUACGACGACAGCGACCACCGGGGACCCCGACAGAGUCGUCAUGGCAUCUACUUCUGUCUGCCCCAACGGAGCAAUCAAGAGUACUUUGCCAAAAUCGAUCUAGCAUUUGCGACAUUCACCAAUAACAUGGAACGUCAACGAGUGAUGGAGGCUAACAGUAAAGCCUACCGUGACUUCUGUUCCACCCCCACCGCGGCGAAGUUCGCCGAACUUGACGAAAUAUACCAGGAGUACGCCAAAACCCACCCAAAAAAUCACCAGCAUCUCUCGCUUUUGGCUGAGGUUAUCAAAGCUCUUGUUGAGUGUCAUCAGUUCACCCCUACUUCCGAACUUUUCACCUAUCUCAUUGGCAAGUUUGACAAACAUGGUAUGAAAAACUAUGCCACCAUGGCCUAUCAAUGUCUUUUUUCGUACGGUGAUAAUGCUAGCGUUUUGGCAGCGAGUACCGAUGAUAUCCAAUUGUUCUCACAGGUCUCUGCUCGUCAAUUUCUACCAAUCGUGACUGAGUCGCCUGAUUGUUUGGGAAAAUUGAUCAAAUACUGUGCUCGUCGCCAACAAACCCUGACGUUUCGGCAAUUGCUUCUGUUCUUCGGACUUGACGAAGUCAUGGCUCAUGAAAGUGUUCUCGACAAAUCCUACUUGAGUCCGAUAAUUGCCAAGCUGCGAUUCCUGAGGUUCAAAGAGUACCGUAAACUUGACAUGGACCUGAUUCUUUUCAAGCAUGCCGAACCGUUAGCUGUUAAGCCUCAGGUCGUCGUUGAAGCGAUGGAGGCCUGUAUUGAAAUGAAUGAAUUUGGCUUUGUUGACUCUCUUUUCAACAAAAUGGUUAUGCAUAUGACUAACCUGGGGAAAGUUGCAUUAGCUUUUGGCGAAAACCAUAAACUGGAAAACGAUCUUAUACUUCUCAAAAAGUACCCAGUCACCGAGCUUAGUCGCCGCUACUUCACCCAGCCGAUUAUCGAAGUGAUGAUUUCCGCAGCCGUUGCCUCUAAUGAUCUAGGUCGGUUGAUGUGGUUGAUGCCGCAUGUGGACGACUACAUAGAGCGAGGACUUGUGGGCAUUGCUAGUGAAAACGUUUUCACUAGUCACGACCGCUUGGAUCCGAAGUUGGUGGCUCAGCUUCGAAAAGCUCUUCUCCACUUUGGUCUCGAAGGCAAACUCCACCGCUACCGCCAGUUAUUCGCCCAACUUGAAUAA